CAUCAGUGCUGGAGGAGCUGGGCUGGGCAGCAGCAGGAGCUCUGUCCACAAUCCUCCCACAGAUCGGAUGCUGAUUGACCGUGGAUCUGCCGAGACGUGCGCAAAUGUCCUGAACCGUGAGGAUCAAUACGCGUCAGAUGACAAGUCGCUAAUCAGCAUCCACAGCAGACAGGCUCCACUGUAGCAAAGAUGGAUGGAUCUAGGCAGUCUAACGCUCUUCCUGUUUUCAGCAAGAUGCAUUAAGGGUCAAAGGUGACCUCACGACGCAGAAAUGAGUCUAACUUCCUGGUUCCUGGUGAGCUGCGGGGGGACGCGCCAUCGUCUCCCCAGGGAGAUGAUCUUUGUGGGGAGGGACGACUGCGAGCUCAUGCUUCAGUCCCGCAGUGUGGACAAACAGCACGCCGUCAUCAACUACGAGCCAAACACAGACGAACACAAAGUCAAGGACCUGGGCAGCUUGAAUGGGACAUUUGUCAAUGACGUGAGAAUUCAGGAGCAGAUCUACGUCACGCUGAAAACUGACGACAAACUGAGGUUUGGAUACGAUACCAACCUGUUCACUGUGGUACGAGGAGAGAUGCAUAUUCCUGAGGAGGCCCUCAAGCACGAGAAAUUCAGCAGCCAGCUUCAGCUGAACCAGAAGAGGCUUCCAGAAGGGGAAGCAUCUAAAUCUGAGGUGAAACCCCCUGAAGCAGCGGCAGCACCCGUGUGCGAGGCGACCACCGUGAAGCCCCCUGAGGCCAGCAGGACAGAGGACAAGAUAACAGGGGAUGUAUCGGUUUUGCACAGGGGCACCCCUCUCUAUGGCCAGCCUGCCUGGUGGGGAGAUGAAGACGCUGACGACCAACAACCAGGGAGGCCUGAGGACAAGAGCUCAGAGCAGAGGAGAGAAAACCCUGAAACAGACACAAAGUCCAUCUCUCAAACGACCUCCAACCAGGAGCCAAGCUACUUUGAAAUCCCAACCAAGGACACUUCCUCAGCAGGUAAACUGAGCGGCGAAUCCCCCUCACGUGAACAAGAGGCUGGCUCCUCUGCUGCUGCCGAGCCUGUUCAUGGCCACGCUUCCUUCACCAUCGAGUUUGACCCCGGGGCGUCGGGUAAAGUCACCGUCAAAGAUCGAGUUGCGAAGGUAGGGCCAGAGACCAGGCCGCGUCCUAAACGACCUGUCGGGGAGGAACUGAGUCCACUGCAGACGGCCAUGGUUGCGGCAGAGGUCAAAGUUGCUGACUGGCUGGCCCAGAACGAGCUGCCGCUGGCUCUCAAAGAGACGGUUGCAGAGGAUGACGGAGAAAGUGUGAAGAGUGAUGUUCCUGUACAUCUGAGGAGUCUUAAAGGUAGUAAACAUGAGGACGGCACACAGAGCGAUUCAGAGAACGCACUCGGAGAGCAGCGUAGGGCUGCAGCGCUAGAGGAACGUCCGUGGGGCCUUUGGGGCGGCGCAGGAAUGAAGAUCAGAGAGGGUCGAGCUAAUGUGCCAGAGGGGCUCUUUGCGGAGGAGGACAGUCCCGCACGCCGUCGCAAAUCUUCGACCUCUAAAGUGACAGGUGGAUUCGUGGAGAGGCGAUGCGGUUCGGCACCACACCAGCAGAACGCACGUGAAGAGUGCCAUCACCAUGGAGACGAUUAUAGCGACAGAGGGACCUAUACCAUCGACUUGGAGAAUGGAGAUCAGGAAGAGGAGGAGGCCAGGAAAAUGAUUGAUAAGGUGUUUGGUGUGGAUCAGCAGGAGGCUGUGUGUGUGUCGAGGUUGGGGUCCGCUGACCAAAGAGAGAGACUUACCUCCCAGAGGUCUGGGGGGAUGGGAGACAGAGGGAAGCCUGGACGCAUGGAGGCAGAGGUGCUGUCUGAGGAACUGGUGGUGGGUGGUCCUCGCUGGGUCUCACAGUGGGCUACGUUGGCUGCCAGUCACAUCAGGACAGAUCCUGAGGGGUCAGGAGGGGAGAGUCACAUCAUGGUUACAGAGGACAGGGCUGAAAUAAGCGAGUCCAGCCACUCUGCCUCCUUCACCUCCUCAGGCUACACGGAGCGUAAGAGGAGAACCCUACCCCAUCCACCUGGUGAGGAGCUUACCCUGGGAAGAAGGACCCCAGGGUCCGGCCUGCGUACAGACAUGGGGGAGAAACAGGAUACAGAGCUGCAGGAGAAGGAAAACCAAGAGGAGAAGAUGGUCAAGGGGAAGAACCGCCCCGGUGGAGGCGUGGGCAGUCACGGCGGGAGCCCGAGUCGCUCCUCACCAGCCAAGUCACAGGACAGUGGCGGCAGGAGAUCGACUCAGUCAGGCGUGUUGACUAAGCUUCCCCCUCGUCCACUUACCAGUGGAGAGAGGAGAAUGGAGGAGGCACGGAGGAGGAAAAAGGAGGAGGAGAAGGCGAGGGAGAGUGGUGGGAAACCGUUAUUGAGGCAGGAGAGUUUCACUGUCGAGAAACCGAGCGCCAACGUGCCCAUUGAGCUCAUUCCACGUAUUGAUGGACUGACAGGCAGCAGAAGUCAGAGUAGGGAGACUGGCAUCGACAGCGUCACAAUGCAGAAGGACUCAGAGGCUGUGGCAGCCUUUUUAGAGACCACUAUUUCAGACCAGGGUGAUCCACCAAGUCAGUCCAUCGAAGGCUCCAUGUCACCAGAGUCGGACGUUGACACAACCAGCACAGUCAGCCAGGCUGAUGGAGCGAGGAAAGUUGUCCAGAGACGCAGGAUCCUUGCUGGACAGCAGAAGGAAAAAACUGUAGUGUGCUCAUCCAGCAGGGGGCCUACAGGGGGCAGAGAGAGCCAUGACAGGAGGGUCAAGACUAGAACAUCUGGUCCUCCGCCGCCCAGUCGCCCCUGGACUUCCCUGGACCUCACGGACGAUGAUGUCAAUUCCAACUCCCUCCUUUCAGACUCACAGCCUACCUCCACACAGAACUCCAGGAGCUCACAUUCCAGAGCCCAAACAGGGAGCACCACACUAGGGGCAAGCACCAAGUCCAGUCGGGCUAAGGUCACCCAGGCCCCUGCCUCUUCUGCAACCAGUAAAACCGUCAGUGUCCCCAAGCCGAGGCCCACCAGGUCGUCCCUGCUGAGACGAGCCCGGCUUGGGGAUUCAUCGGACACCGAGCCUGUUGAUAUCGACCGGAUGUCAAUAGCCUCUGAGGCCUCCACCGCUAGUUCCACAUCCAGGACAGGGAUGGCAAGAAGGGGAAUGUCCAGGAUAGAGGCUUUGGCACAGCCGAGGAGGCCGAGGGUGGGCUCCCCAUCAGCCCAGAGCGACUCAGAGGCCACUGUGACACGGAGUAGAGGUCUGGGUUCCCGAAGCGUGGCAGGAGAUUUUAAUAUCAGACAAGGACUAAGAGGGCCCAAUGUGGCAUCAGUGCCUGGACCAAGAGCCAGGGCGAACAGCGCCUCCAAGCUUCCUGACAGGAGUAGAGCUGGCUCCACUUUUGGACAUGUUACGCCUGCAUCUGGCACUCGAUGGCGCCGUGUGCCCGUGGAAUAUGCCUCCACCUCGGAGGACGAGUACGGCUCGAACCGCCACAUUUCAAAACAGGGCCAGACACAGCCGUUUCUGUCGACUCGAGUGGCCCAGCUAGGAGGUUCGGCUCCAGCUACCCCCAAUCCUGCCGGCCUGACUGCCAUGAAGCAGCACUCCAGAGAGCAGGACGAGUAUAUGAGAGACUGGACAGCACACAGUGAGGAAAUAGCCAGGAUUAGCCAGGACCUUGCCAAAGACCUUGCCAUGCUCGCCAGAGAAAUCCACGAUGUGGCAGGAGAGAUCGACUCAGUCAGCCCUGCAGCCACUGAUCCAGGAGCUUUGUUGGAGGAGGGUGUUUGUGAUGACAGCUUGAACCUAGGUGGUCCCUCCGCAGAUCCUGGACCCACCGGGCGCUCUGUGGAGCUGCGGCCCAGAGGUUCUCGUGGACAAAGCUCCCGAUCCAUCCGCAGACAGACGUGGAACAGAGAUGAUGCGGUGCUAGACGGUUUAUUCCUCGCGUCUGUGACUCAACUGUCAACCAGGAUACGUCAGUCUGUUGACAAAACAGGCUGCAAAAUCAGGAUCCUCUUCAAGGAUAGAGAGCGGAAAUGGGAAGAGAUUGAGAGCAAGCUGCAGGCGGAGCACGACUCCUUACUACAGAAGAGCUCCAACAAGGUGACAGCAAGUGAACUUCUUACACUGUCUCUUUUAUCUAGUAACGGACUGUGA